GGAGAACCAAGUGAUUAUUUCAGUAGUGACGUGGGCUGUCAGAAGGAAGAUUGGAGUGGCUACCCCAGCUGCCCUGUGUAGCGCAGACGUCUUCCGGAGCCCCUCGAGGCUGGUGAUCCCUUCUUCGUUCUCCUCCUCCACUACUCGUUCGACUACUUAAGGAACCUACCUACCUCUGCCACCACCAUGAAUGAGAGCAUUGUUGGAGGGCUCGACAAAGUCCAGGUCGAAGGUCUCCGUAAGGCUUUCGAUGCCUUCGACACUGAUAAGAAGGGCGCCAUCUCCACCGACACCGUCUCCACCAUCUUGAGGAUGAUGGGCGUCAAGAUCUCCGAGAAGAACCUUCAGGAGGUCAUCUCCGAGGUUGACGAGGACGAUUCCGGUGAGCUAGAGUUUGAGGAGUUCUGUGCCUUAGCGGCUAAGUUCCUUAUAGAAGAGGACGAAGAAUCCCUCAAAACAGAGCUAAAGGAAGCGUUCCGUAUAUACGACAAACAAGGCGACGGCUACAUCACGACGCAGACCUUGAAGGAGAUUCUCCGCGAGCUGGACAACAAACUGACAGAGGAAGACUUGGACGGUAUCAUUGAUGAGGUUGACGAGGACGGCUCCGGCACCCUCGACUUUGACGAAUUCAUGGGAAUGAUGGCUGGCUAACUCUUUCCUUCUCCACUACCUCUUCCUCCUCCUCCUCCUCCUCCUUAUUCUUCUUAGUCUUCCUAUCUCCUAACAACAACAACAACAACAGCACCUCACAACACUCACUCACCCACUACUCGCACCUGGUUCACUUUUAAUUAAUUAUUGACUCACCUGUACUUACCUGUCGCCUCACGUACACAUAUUCUACUACUACUACUACUACUACUACUGCUGCUAUUCCUCCGAGGUGUCUUCGUCGUCCACUCCCACAUACACACUAACAACCUCCUCCUCCUCAAUCCAGGCUCCUGUUUUAAUUUUUUCAGAAUUCAUGGAGAUGAUGACCGGAUAAUAUCAGCCUCCACCUCCUCCACCUCCUCCACCUCCUCAUAAAAAAAAUGAAAACAAGCUCACUGGCUUAACUUCUCGGGUUUUUUUUACAUUUGUCUACUCCCCCUAAACACCCCCACCCCCUUCAUCCUUAGACUGACAUCAUGGUGAACUCUCUCGUGAUAUCAUCAAUCCCCCCCUCCCCCCAACUCCUCUCCCCCUACUACCAAGUGUGUUUUGGUCAGUGACGUCAACACAUAUCUGGAGCCAAUCAUCGUAGCUAAACUAAAAGACGUCAAAAAUGAACCAAUCAUCUUCAUCAAAGCAACACAGCCAGUGUCGUCACACAUUACAUCAACCAAUGAAUCGUCCGUAUUGAAUGUGACGUCACCGUACGGAACAUUCAAUAGGAGGAGUGUAACCUGUAGUGUGUGUCCAGCAUUUAUGACGUCAUGGGGUAAGACCAUCGUUAAGAGCCGGAAUUUACGUCAAGAAUUACGUCAUUGAAGAACAAGAACGUCGCCAGGCCAGGAAGAACGUCGCCAGGCCAGGAAGAAGAGGAGAGGGACAGGGUCAGGUGUGUCCUCCGAGGGAUAAACAAACAAACAAAGACAAAAAAAAUCCAUCUAACAACAACAACAAGAGGAGGAAAACCCUGACUUUUAUCCCUAUCUAUUUUUUAUUGUCCUCAAAUACUUUCUGGAUCAACAAAUAUCUACUUAUAUAUAUAAAAAAAAAGUCAAAAUAAAAGUUACUUGCCUACUUGUUUGUGCUUUUGUGUCUCUCUUGCACUGAGUUGGGAAGACUAUUUAUAACUAUUAUUAUUAUAACAACAAUAAUAAUAAAAUAAUAACAAUACUAAA